AUGAGGAGGAUCCUGAGGGAAUACAAGCAGCUGCAGAAGCAGCUGGCUCUGCAUCCAGCCGUGCUGUCGCUGGCGCCGGUGGGGGAGGAGAAUGGGGACCUCCACCGAUGGGAAGCGCACUUCCAAGGCCCGGAGAACACGCCGUACGCGGGCUUCACGUUCACGCUUCGGAUCAAUGUGCCGGAGACAUACCCCAACGAGCCACCCAAGUGCAGCUUUCCGCCGCACCACAUCUGCCACCCCAACAUCAAGUGGUCGACGGGGGAGGUGUGUCUUGAUCUGUUGAAGCACGAGGCCUGGUCGCCGGUGUACAACCUGCUGCAGGUGGUCGAGGCCAUCAGCACCCUGCUGGCGGAGCCGGGCGUGGACUCGCCGCUCGACGUGGACCUCUCCCGCCUAUACACGACAGACCGCGCUGCCUAUGAUGGGGUCGUGAACUACCGGCUGCGGACUCGCCCUCAGCCGUAG